GCUCUUUAGCAAAGUCUCUCUCAUUUCCUCUCUCUCAAUCUCAAUUUCAGGAACAUCUUCGCAGCCUGCUCUCUUUCUUCUUCUUGGGUUCCACUCUUUAUCAGAUUAAAUAAGCGAGGGAGAGGGAAAAGAAAAGCCACGAGAAUGACUGGGAAGGACACAAGGAUGGUCUUGUCUGGAGACGAUCAAAAGAACGUCGUUCCGCCGUGGUUGAGGCCGAUCGCCAGCAUCAAGCUCUAUGACUUUUGCGAGUCUCAUUCCUCCAAAGAGUACAGUUUCUACUGCAGAGUCUGCAUGGUCGCUCUAUGCAAAGAGUGCAAGAAGCAACACGAUCUUUCUGGGCACGACAUCAUAAAGGUAUAUAAAAUUGCUCGAGUGGCGUCGUUCAGAAAGAAGGAUUUGGAGCCGUUAUGGGAUAUUUCCGAUAUCCGUUUAUACAAUCAAAAGGGGUGGCCUGUUGCAGUCAUAUAUAAAGAGGGAGAUGGGAUCUCUCGCUCUAGCGACCAGAGCAAUGCUGCAGAAUGCGAAUCUUGUCGAUACCAACUCAAGUCGCCGCGAGCCAAAUACUGCUCUGUGGAAUGCAAGGUUGAAGCCGUGAUGAAGGUGGAUGAAAGUGAAAGUAUGAAGAACGAAGCAAAGAGAAAGGUUGAGGCCAUAUCAGAGGGAAGUGGUAGCAAUGUGAAGUCGUUUAGGAGACGAUCGAGAAAGCAGAAAAACCCGCGGAGAGCUCCAUUAUUUUAGCCGAAGAUUGGUAAUUAGCAAACUUAGUGAAAAUCGAGGUGGGCUACUUGGUUUUGGUACGUAAUGGUUGAUUUUUCUUUUGAUUGUUUUGGUACAUUCCUGAUAGGGUUAAGUGAAACUAUUGUUCUUCUGUUUUUGG